CGUCAGAGUCGGAGCCCGGCGCCCUCAUGGCCGCGGCCAAGGCAGAGAUGCAGCUCCUGCCCUCGCUGCAGAUCUCCGAACCCUUUGGCGCCUUCCCUCACUCGCCCCCCGCCAUGGACACUCACUAUCCCAAGCUGGAGGAGAUGAUGCUGCUCAGCGGCGGGGGCCCGCAGUUCCUUGCCCCGCCCGGGGCACCCGAGAGUGCGGGCUUCGGCGCUGCCGGGGAGCCCGGAGAGCAGCACUACGAGCACCUCGCGGCAGACACUUUUCCCGAAAUCUCCCUGAACAACGAGAAAACCCUGCCAGAAACCAGCUAUCCCAACCAAACGACGCGACUGCCGCCGAUAACCUACACGGGGCGCUUCUCCUUAGAGCCAGCCCCCAACAGCAGCAACCCCCUAUGGCCAGAGCCCCUCUUCAGCCUCGUCAGUGGGCUGGUGGGCAUGGCUAAUGCACCUCCCACCUCUACGCCCACUUCGUCAUCACCAUCAUCCUCCUCGCAGAGCUCCCCACUGAGCUGUUCUGUCCAAGCCAGCGAGAGCAAUCCAAUUUAUUCUGCUGCACCAACAUUUCCCAAUUCCAGCUCUGACAUUUUCCCUGAAUCCCAGACCCAGUCCUUCCCCAACCCCUCUGGAGCCCCCAUCCAAUAUCCACCUCCAGCUUAUCCGACUGCUAAAACCAACUUUCAGGUGCCAAUGAUCCCGGAUUACUUGUUCCCUCAGCAACAGGGUGAGCUCAGUCUUGUUCCAGCUGAUCAGAAGCCUUUCCCAGCCCUUGAGACCAGAGCACAGCAGCCUUCCCUCACACCACUGUCCACCAUUAAGGCAUUUGCUACGCAGACUGGCUCCCAAGAGUUGAAGACCCUCAACACUAAUUAUCAGUCCCAGCUGAUCAAGCCCAGCAGGAUGAGGAAAUACCCAAACCGUCCGAGCAAGACGCCUCCUCAUGAGCGUCCCUAUGCCUGCCCAGUGGAGUCCUGUGACCGGAGGUUUUCACGAUCUGAUGAGCUAACGCGGCACAUUCGCAUCCACACGGGACAGAAACCUUUCCAGUGCCGCAUUUGCAUGCGGAACUUCAGCAGGAGUGACCACUUGACUACGCACAUCCGCACACACACAGGAGAGAAGCCGUUUGCUUGUGACAUUUGUGGCAGAAAGUUUGCCAGAAGUGAUGAGAGGAAGAGGCACACUAAAAUCCACCUCAGGCAGAAGGACAAGAAAGUGGACAAGACAGCUCCAGCCUCAACUGCUUCCCCAGCUCCUGCCUAUUCAUCCUCUGUGACUACAUCCUACCCUUCCUCCAUCGCCACCACUUAUCACUCCCCAGUGCGCACAGCGUAUUCUUCUCCUGCUCCCUCUUCCUACCCCUCCCCUGCACACACCACAUUCCCAUCGCCCUCUAUAGCAACCACUUACCCCUCUGGCACUGCCACUUUUCAGACCCAAGUGGCCACCUCCUUCUCAUCGGCAGGAGUUGCCAACAAUUUCAGCUCACAGGUGACCUCAGCACUUUCAGACAUGAACUCAGCCUUUUCUCCAAGGACAAUUGAGAUAUGCUGAGAGUACCUUCUGGAACAGCAGAAUUCACCUUUUCCAUUGGUAUUAUCAGACAUGGAGUCUCCAAUUACUCCCACAACACCAUACGUUGCAAGGCAAUUUAGUUUAAACUUCAGCUGCCUGAAUCAACUGCUGCUUAAGUUUUCCACCUCUGUUGAAUGACUUAAUUUGCAUGGACUGUGGAUAUAAGUUCAAUAUAAUUUUCCCCGUAAACAAUAGUCUUUUAUUAGGAAGAAAGGACUUUUUAUUAAAUAUCUAGCUGAUGUAAAUUGUACAUGUGCCAUGGUUUUGCUUUCCUUUAGGUACUAUUGAUGUGGAAAAAAAAAUCUUUGCAUAUUCAUAUUGUAUAAUUUGGAGUUUGCAGGCCCAUAAUUUUAAGUGUUAAUUCUAUUUCAGUGACAAUGCUAUAAUGCGUUUCAAACUUCCUUGGGAACAGCACUUACUGUAUUUGAGCAUGUUGGAGUGAUGCUAUGUAAAUAUCACCUGAUGAGACACUCACAUGUGGCAGAAGUUUUGUUUUAAAAGUUAUAAGUCUUGGUGCCUUUUAGUGAAGCCUUGCUGACGUCAUGCGUUUGUGUGAGUGGAUGCUUUGCAUCUUGCCUUAAAGUGGAAGGGAUGUUACUCAAAGAAUGUAAGGAAGAGCAGGGAAUGGGUGGGGAGAGGAACAAGAGAAAGGGCCAGGGGAUGGAAUUUAAGCAAAAAAACCCCCACAAAACAUAAUAAACAACAACA